AUGAUAAGAGCUACAGCAUCACAUGGACUUGUCAACUCCGUCAGUCUGUUGCAGACCUGUUUUCACUCUUCCCUGGGGUUUUUGAGGUCGCUUUGCGCGCCGACGCAUUCUUCGUGCCCCAAUGGCUUCCGAUAGCAAGGACAAGGAAGCACCUGUCGAGGUGCAAAAGGUGUUGACGCAGCAAGAUAACACAGAUGUGGUGAAAGAGGCGGUCGAACGUGAGCACGCCCUCACAUUCAGCGAAGCACUGAAAUGCUACCCGAAAGCGAUUGGGUGGUCAAUGUACUUCAGCUUGGGAGUCAUAAUGCUCUCCUUCGAUCCGCAACUUCUUGGAAACCUCUACGCCAUGCCCGCUUUUCAGAGGGACUUUGGCUACCCCUUCGAAGACGGCUAUACUAUAAGCGCAACAUGGCAAACGGCGCUGGGAAUGGGCAAUCCAAUCGGGCAAGUAGUGGGCGCCUUAGCAGCAGGAUAUCCCAUGGAAUGGUAUGGCAGAAAACGGACAUUCAACGUCUGCGUCAUCGCCGUUGCAGGCCUCGUUUUCUUCCAAUUCUUUGCGCGAUCGCUCAAGGUUCUUCUCGCGGGUGAGCUACUCGCUGGGCUCGUCCUCGGGUGUUUCGUUGUUAUUGCACCCGCAUACGCAUCGGAGGUAACACCACUGUCGAUGAGGAGUGUAGCAACCUCAUAUGUCAACCUAUGCUUCGUCACAGGCCAACUGCUGGGCAACGGUGUCACUGCAGCGACAAAAGACAUAGACAGUCACUGGGCCUAUUCGAUCCCAUUUGCACUCCAAUGGUUCUGGAUUCUGAUAAUUAUUCCGGGCAUGUUUUUUGCCCCGGAGAGUCCGUGGUGGCUGGCGCGACAAGGCAGGUUGGAGGAUGCAGAACGGUCACUGCGCCGCCUCUCGAGCAAACAAGUCAAUGUCAAGGCAAUUCUCGCUCAGAUAAUCGAGACUGACCAGUUGGAAACCCAAAUGGAGGCAGGUAGCACAUACAUGGAUGUAUUCAGGAAAGUCAACUGGCGUCGAACGGAAGUGGCCAUUGGGGUGUACACCACACAGGUGCUUUGCGGCAUAUAUCUGAUCAACUACGGCACCUACUUCUUCAGCCUAGCAGGUCUUAAUACAGAGCAGGCUUACAACAUGGGAAUCGGCUUCAUGGCCGUUGGUUGGGUCAGCGUUCUGCUCUCCUGGUACCUGAUGCAAAGAUUCGGGCGCCGGCCACUCUACAAUACUGGAUUGACCAUUCUGACCAUCAUCAUGUUUCUUGUGGGAAUACUGGAUGUCGUCCCUGCGAAAGGUGCGAUGUGGGCGCAAUCAGCAUUGCUUCUGUUAUGGAACUUCACUUUUGAUUGGAGCGUCGGGCCAGUAGCCUAUGCCAUCUUUUGCGAAGUGAGCGCCACGCGAGUCCGCUCCAAAACCAUCGCAGUGGCGACAGCAGUGCAAGCGAUUGUCGGAAUCAUCAUGACUGUCGCGAUCCCGUACAUGAUUGCUCCCGAUCAAGCAAAUCUCCGAGGAAAACUCGGCUUCUUUUUUGGAGGGCUUUCCUUACCAUGUCUGAUAUGGUGUUAUUAUCGCGUUCCAGAGAUGAAGGGACGAACGUAUGAGGAGUUGGACAUCAUGUUUGAGCGCGACGUGCCAACCCGGGAAUUCGCCACGUAUCAGAUAUGAAGAUCCGACAAUACGAAACUGAGGUAACUGAAGAAGCCGGCUCCCAGUGC